CAUAAACAGCUCGUCAACCACAUCCGUAGCUUGCUAACCAACAUAGCCGAAAGAUUCAAGCUAUUUAUACGCUUUCGGUGUAUAUUAGCUACUGUGUUUUCGACACACUUCUGUGUCUAAACUUGUUAACCUAUUUAAUUUAAUAUUACGUUAUUUUGUAUUAGUCAGCUAUAGUAGCUGGCUGGUUUAGUUAGCACUAGCCUAGACGCUAAUGAUAGCUAGCAUCCCCGACCAUGAGUUCACUCAACUACUCUCCUCCUGUUCAAGAAGAGGAGGUCUGCUGGACGGAGAAAGCGGGUCUGUGGCUGAACAUUGUUGUGAAAGAGGAGAAGGAAGAGGAGGAUGUCACAGUUAAACAAGAAUUAGGGGGUGAGGCUGUUACAGUGAAAGAAGAAGAGAAAAACGUUAGAGUGAAAGAAGAGGAAGACGCGUUCAGAGUGAAAGAGGAGGAAGAUGUUACAGUAAAAGAAGAGGAGGAAGAUGUUACAGUAAAAGAAGAGGAGGAUGAGAAAGAGGAGGAUGCAGUUUUUGGAGUGAAGGAGGAGGGGGAGAUGACUGUCACGUUGAAAGAGGAAGAAGAGGACGUUGGAGAUCUGUUUCACACCAGAGCGAUACUUAACUAUUGUGGAUCCUCUGGGGAGCCUCAACAACCUCAUGAUGCUGAAGAGGCAGAGAAGAGUCUCUCCGGAUCAGAACAACUCAAUAAACACUUGCAGAGAUCAACAGGGAAGAGAACUCACUGCUGCUCUGACUGUGGGAAGAGAUUCACCUCAUCAGGUAUUAAAAUUCAUCAGAGAACACACACAGGAGAGAAAUCUUAUAGCUGUGGUCAAUGUGGGAAGAGUUUUGGUCAAUCUGGCCAUCUGACGCAACACCAGAGAACACACACAGGAGAGAAACCUUACAGCUGUGGCCAAUGUGGGAAGAGUUUCGGUCAAUCUUGCCAUCUGACGCAACACCAGAGAACACACACAGGAGAAAAACCUUACAGCUGUGGUCAAUGUGGGAAGAGUUUUACAACAUCUCGCUCUCUGACUCUACACCAGAGAACACACACAGGAGAGAAACCUUAUCGCUGUGGUCAAUGUGGGAAGAGUUUUUGUCGAUCUGGAGAGCUGACAGUGCACCAGAGAACACACACAGGAGAGAAACCGUAUAGCUGUGAUCAAUGUGGGAAGAGUUUUGGUCGAUCUGGAGAGCUGACAGUGCACCAGAGAACACACACAGGAGAGAAAUCUUAUAGCUGUGGUCAAUGUGGGAAGAGUUUUGGUCAAUCUAGCCAUCUGACUCUACACCAGAGAACACACACAGGAGAGAAACCUUACAGCUGUGGCCAAUGUGGGAAGUGUUUUGGUCAAUCUAGCCAUCUGACUCUACACCAGAGAACACACACAGGAGAGAAACCGUAUAGAUGUGGUCAAUGUGGGAAGAGUUUUGGUAGAUCUGGGCAGCUGACAUCACACCAGAGAACACACACAGGAGAGAAACUAUAUAGCUGUGAUCAGUGUGACAAAAGGUACUCUGAUAAAAGAUCUCUGAUCAAACAUCAGACAAUGCAUACAUGAAGGAGUUAUUUUGUGAAAUCAAUGAAUUAAUGUCACAAUGUAGAAUGUUUUGAUGUUGUUAGUAUUUUAAGGAAUUUCACAAUGUAUAACCCUGAACGUUUGCCCCAUUGAAUUGAUUUCAGCGUGAUAUGGAUAUUAGCCUUGGAAAAAUCCACGCUCUGAAUUGAAAGAGUACUAUUUAUGUGAUUUAACAAAAAGUGACUAACACAAAAAGAGUAGUGUUACACUUACCAUGUUGGUGACCCACUUGAAUCAAAAUGCAACACUUCAAAAUGUAGCUAGCUGUUUUCUACAAGUUGUCCUCUAAACAGUGAUGUACACAUUAUUCCCAGAUUCUGUGUGGCUUUUGAGCUGUUAGUUUUAACAUCCUCUCUGCACAAUUGAUUUUGACAUGAUAUCGAUGAGUGAUGACAAAUAAGUGUUGCAUUCCUUUGUUUAGCGACCUCUAAAUUUAAAUGCAUCACUCCAAAAUGUAGCUGACUGUCUUCUGCAGGUUGUCCUCUAACCAGUGAGGUAAAAGAUAUCUCCCAUUUCCAGGUGUUUUGUUUAGUUGUGUUCGUUUCAACAUCAUGUACAUCCUGAUUUCCCCCCAAAUCGAUAUCAGUGAUUUAUACAUAUUACUUUAUGUUCUAUAUUAUGCAUACAAUACAUAUUAACAAAGGGGUGUACAUUUGGGUUUGAUAUUUCAUAUUUACAAUUCAUGUAACAUUUAGUAAUCAUAAUUAUUUAUGUAAUCAACUGACAAUUUUUGGGUAUAAUUAUAUUGACGUUGUUGCCCUUCUUUUAGAAUAUCUUUUAGAAUACCCCACCUGUUUAGGUUUUGUUGUCAGUGACUUUGUUAGUUCCCUCUUCUAUUUAAGUGAGGUUUAUGGUUUUCUUGCUGGGGAAUCUAACAACAAAUAAUGUAGUAAAACAAGCUUAUAUUUUGGGUUGUAGCAUCCAGUUCUUGCUAAUCAAAGGCAUUUCCUUGAAAUGUGCAUUAGUCUUUCAGUUGUUGUUCUGUUUGCUGUGUAUGUUUUUUAUUUCAUUUGUUUUUUUUUCUGUGAAAUGUGCUGUUUAAUUAACGCUUGGUUUGAACAUAUUGCAAAAUAAAUGGAACCAAUCAACA